GUUCAACUACACAUAGACUUUCGCUCAUAACACCGACUGCCAGAUAAUUCACUUCGAUAUUGUCUUGUCGGAAUUAUCUUUCUACAAUGACAACCGCAGACGUGACGUCGCGUUAUGAACUACGCGUGCUAGGACCCGAACACAAGGCUUGGGCCAAGGCACUCCGCAUAUACAGUCUCAUCUUCAACUCCCCCGGAUGGCGCGCCAUGUACCCAGAUGAUCUAGUGGCACGGACAUACAAGGGAUUUGAUGCCCUCGACGGAUUAAUCACCCACUGCAUCGCCUCUGGUUGGACCUAUGGGGUCUUUGACACGCAGUACAAACCUAAACACGGCGGCGAAGGUCAGUUACUGUGGGACUUCAACAACCUGGAGGCAACCGAAGAGCAGCUAUUACAGCAAAUGGACUUCCCCCUCGUGUCUAUUGCAUUGUCAUACGACGGAUAUGACCCCCCUCUUGUCAAUCCACAGGGCCUAACACUGGUCAUCCCAGCUAUUACUGAGCAGAACAAAAUUCUCAACGAGCUUGAUGCAAGAGACCCAGCAGACUGGAAACCUACUGGAUUGCGCCAAGUUCUCAUGCGCAACGGGACGAGCACCAGUCCAACCUACUCAGGGAAGGGCCUGAUGGGCAGAUUAGCACGUCAUUUGGUAGACGAAGCGAGGGCGGCUGGAUUCCACGCUAUGCAAAUGAGGGCUUCAUCUGCUGCGGUUUUGCAUGUGUGGGAAAACUUGCCAAGCCCGUGCCGCUGUGAAGUGAUUUCCGAGUUAACUGAAGACUUGGGUGCAGCUGCUGAGCCACUGCCGUCGAAUUCAGAGGCGCGCAAUUUUAGAAUCGCAAGACUUUGGAUAACUUUGAAUUAGAAAUACAUCUCACCGUUAGACUAUCAUAAAGGGAUUGGUAGCACGGUCUUAGCACCUACCUACUGAAUCUUGAUGGUGUGAAUGAACGUGAAUCGGCCAGGCGGGCGAUGCCGUGGCCGCACACCAGAUUAGCACACCUAGUCAUGCACAGUCAUUCUGGAAUUCAUCUAAUUGGAUGCAAAUUUCUUUUCGUUCUUCUUUCCAUAGAUGGUUUUCACCUCCAUUUUUUUUGGUCUUACAUGUCUCUGGUACUACUACCCUCCACCACGUGUUUACGAGCUGCUACGACUUACACGGUUAGUCGUACUAACGUGGAAGCAAAUAGUGCACGUUGUAGCGUCGUAUUAGGAAAAAAAAAGUCGGCAAGGUGGACCACUUAUAACUUAUCCGUAAAAUACAAAACAAAAAUACAUUUUAAAGGUAUCGUA